UAUGGAUUAGUUUAUAAUUAUUUCUACGUUUUACGCUUCAUCCACUUUUAGAAAAAAAUUAAUUUAGUAGACUUUUUUCUCUUAAGACAACAGUAAACUUUGAUAAGAAAGCGAUGAAUAUUGUUGAGAUUGAGAAUAUCAAAGCAGCUAAACAAUAUCCAUGGAACGAAAAAGAUCUAGAAGAAUUUAGAGAAAUAGUCCUAAAGGAAGAAGACUUGAAUUCUAGGACAGAUGAUUUAUUUCUUUUAAGUUUUCUGAGGUCAAGAAAAUACAACAAACAAAGUUCUUUGGAAUUACUAAAAAAUUAUUAUUCAGUUAGAAGAAGCGUAGCUGAAUUUAAAAAUCACAGACCAUCGGCAAUAGAACAUGUUUUACAAGCAAAUAUCAUGUCUUGGGUAUUUAUUGACAGCGGAAGACUUGUAGGAUUCGGUAGAGCAAGUCAUUGGGACACAACAAAGAUUCCUGCGAUAGAUUUAGGCAAAUGCAUAUUGCUGCACUUGGAUUACUAUUUGAAUGAUCAUCGUCUUCAAGUAAACGGAGUUUCAAUCAUAAUCGAUAUGAAAGGUCUCUCAUGGAAGCAUGUAAUCUGCUUUACUCCAAGAAUUGUGAAAAUUUAUAUAACUUGUUUUAUCAAAACUCUACCUGUGUCAUAUAAAAGCAUUCAUUUAGUUAAUGUCAACAGAUAUAUUUACGUUAUUCUAGCAUUACUAUGGCCGUUCAUCCCGAAGAAAUUAAGAGAUAGGAUACAUUUGCAUGGUUCGAAUUUGGAAGCUCUUCAUAAAGAAAUUGAUCCAAAGUAUCUUCCAGUGGAAUUCGGAGGGACUUCAUAUUCUUUCGAUUGGUCGAAGUCUAAUCAGCUGAUAAAAAAUAAUGAAUUUUUUAGAGAAAAUGAAAAAUAUUGGAAUAACGAGACAAUA